AUGUCCAAAAUAGAAUAUGUACAAUCAACUCAUGGUAAAACUCAUGUAUGUUAUGAAGGUUUUCGUUAUUAUUGUCACCGUAAAAAUGAUGAUGAUGCAGAGUAUUGGAAAUGUGUGAAAAAAUCUCGUUGUGUUGGCUUAACAAUAAAACCAGAUGGUACAAUUAAGAAACGUGCUGAUCAUGACCACUUGCCAAAUGAAGCUCACAAAGAAGUGUUGAUUAUACGCCAAAAUUUAAGACGCAAAGUGGUUGAAUUAUCAUUACCAAUUGAUGCUAUCGUCGAUCAAACAUAUGCUGGUCUCCAGGAUUCAACCGUAUGCCAAGAUGUUGUAAUUCAGUUACCAUCUAUUGCAACAAGGAGAAAUAAUCUUCAAAAGGAACGUCGCAAAACAAGACCACCACUUCCCAAGAAUAUUACCGAGUUAGUCAUCCAGUUCGAAUUAACCUGA